AUGUCUUACAAGGUUGUGUUUGACGAGAAUGGCAAUGUGAAGCUUGAGUGUCCAACCAUAGUCCAGCAGUUUGCAGCAGAGGAGAUAUCUGCACUGGUCUUGAGGAAGCUUGUGGAGGAUGCAUCCAAGUUUCUGAAUGAUAAGAGCUUGCUUGUCUUCCGAGGACAAGUUGAAACUGUCUUGAGUGAUGCAAAGCUUUCCUUCAAAGAUAUAGAUGAAGUAAUCCUCGUUGGUGAUUCAACUUGCAUCCCAGCUGUUCAGGAACUGGUGAGGAAGAUGACUGGAAAAGAGCCCAAUGUGACUGAAAAUCCUAAUGAAGUUGUUGCUCUUGGAGCUGCAGUUCAGGAUAUACAAGCAUAA